AACAGAUGGACAACAAAACUAUACGUCUACAACAGAUGGACAACAAAACUAUACGUCUACAACAGAUGGACAACAAAACUAUACGUCUACAACAUAUGGACAACAAAACUAUACGUCAACAACAGAUGGGCAACAAAACUAUACGUCUACAACAGAUGGACAACAAAAGUAUACGUCUACAACAGACCGAGAAAACGAUAUGAUAGAACUUUUGAACCCACCAAACUUUGCUGAUCGUCUGCUUCAGAUUGAGAACAUCAAACGCCAGGAGCAGACGGUGAAGCGAUGGGAAACUGAAGCCAAGCUUGUAGGAGUCACUGGUGUGGAAGACAGAGUCAGACUUUUGGAGUCAGAGAUUGAGAGCACUACCCACAUAGAAGAUAGAGUUAGACUUUUGGAGUCACACAUUGAGAGAACUAGGCACAUAGAAGAUAGAGUCAGACUAUUGGAGUCACAGAUUGAGAGAACUAGGCACAUAGACGAUAGAGUCAGACUUUUGGAGUCACAGAUUGAGAGAACUAGGCACAUAGACGAUAGAGUCAGACUUUUGGAGUCACACAUUGAGAGAACUAGGCACAUAGAAGAUAGAGUCAGAAUUUUGGAGUCACACAUUGAGAGAACUAGAAACAUAGACGAUAGAGUCAGACGUUUGGAGUCAGAAGUCGCGAGAAUUAACCACGUGGAGCUUGAAAAUAUUAAAAAUAUGUCUUUAGAGCUAGAGAGGUUAGCCUCUCUCGUUGAUGUCAUUUCCGGUAACAGUUUGGCUAUUUAUAUACGACUCAAAGCUUUGGAAGAAACCCUAGAGGUUAGAACAGUAAACACAAAGCAAAAGAUUCGAAGACGUUUGACCUUGUCUGAACAAGCGGCCAAUGUCAAGGUCGGUUCACGAGUUAAGAGAGGGCCACGUUGGAGGAGAGGAAGUUUGGACGGCACACCACCAGGACCUGGUACAGUAUGCCAACACUGGGCUGAAUAUCACGUGGUCCAGGUACUCUGGGACUCUGGGAACUAUGGCAGGCACAGGAUGGGUUACAAUGGCAUCUUUGACAUUCAACUCGAUGACGAAUAUGUAUGGGAGGAUUCAGCUUGAUGACGAAUAUGUAUGGGAGGAUUCAGCUUGAUGACGAAUAUGUAUGGGAGGAUUCAGCUUGAUGACGAAUAUGUAUGGGAGGAUUCAGCUUGAUGACGAAUAUUUAUGGGAGGAUUCAGCUUGAUGACGAAUAUGUAUGGGAGGAUUCAGCUUGACCUCUGUCAUUGUACCUGGUGU